ACGUGUAACAGGUGUUCUGGAUCUGAAAUUCUAAGGCUGGCAUGCUUCUUAUUCCUCCUCCAUUACCUCUAGGCUCCAAGAAAUGGACGGUCUUUCUUGUGCCUUGUAGCAUCAGCAGUGUGGUCGAUUUCUGCUCAAAUAGACACAUAUGCUUCAAUCUGUGCAGGAACACCUGAUGCUUCGAUUUAUAGUGCACACGUCAGAACUUUGUGAGAUCUCUACUGCUUAUCGAUCUUGUGAAGUGCCCAAUCUGCUGAAAUUCCAUGUACUCUUGCGAUUCUGAAGCAAUCUAACGCGGCGCUUUCGCCCAACUUCAUUCGGCUCCAGAAGAAUUGCAAGGUGAUUCGAAUGGAGAACCACUAGUGAUGCUUACUCUAGAUUAGAUUUCGACGCAAGUUGCGGCUGGAUGUGAAGCAUCACCUUAAGAGUCAUCUCAAGCGUCGCCGGCGGAUUGUAUACUGUCGCUACUCGAAGCGGAUCUUAUUCGAAGUUUCUGAUGGGGUUCUGUCGUGACUGUCCAUUGGUGACUUCUAUUAGCUAAUGUGUGAGAAAGGAUCGAAUGAGUGUAAAUGGAGGAGGUGGCUGAGACCCUGUUCUUCUCUGGUGCUUUGAGGGAGAGACCUACAUCCGACUGCUGGUGACAUUAGCCACUUGAAAUUGUAGAUAAUGGUCACUGGGUACAACUUGGAUCGAGUCAUGAUAUACUCAAGAAACCGGGGCAAGUGCACCAAGUUGCACGCGCACUUGGGACCCGGAGUCGAUGGAUGCCAGCUUUUCGACGGAGAGAAUUCGAGCAGCAUGCUCUGCGGCGCAUGCGGCUGUCACAUGAGCUUUCAUGUGAAGCUCAAUCUCGGUGGAUCAAGCCAUGAUUUAGAGAAUCAUGAGCUGUUAGAUUUGGAGCCAGGUUUGAAAAGAUGCAAGAUGAGCUUGGAUGCCUCCCCUGCAGAGUCUGUGGGAGACAACAUAGACUCCAAUCCAGACUUGGAGGUCAAUAGUGGACCGUGUCCAGAAGAUUUGCUAAGAGUCUUUAGGUCAAGGAAAUCGGAAGGGCAGCCACCAGUGUUUUUGCAGCCAGUGUUAAUCAAGCCUGGAAGAGACGAGAUUAGAGUCAACAGUAGCGCUCCAUUGUACACAGAGACGUCCCUCUACACCAAAUUGUGUUCAAAACUGAAGCUCAUACAGGCGGGGCAUCCAGAAGACAUUCAUGGCAAAUUCUCCAUAGUGCACGACGAUGUCAAUGGUUAUAGGGUUUACUGUGGAGGCUGCAAUAGACAUUAUGGAAUCCCUAAGCCUGGAUACAGUCUGGGGAAUUUUGAAAGAGGCCAUUUAGCAAGCAAGAGGCAUAAGGACGUGGGUGCUGCAGAUGGGAGAAUGAAGGUGCAGAAGGUGAGGGAUUUUUUUGCAGCCGGGUGAGCAAAGAUCAUCGACAUCGAUACUAAGACAAAUGUACAUUGAUACUAAGAUAUGGUAGUGUGUUAACUGCUCCGUUGUAACCGAGCCUAUUCACCGUGGGACACACGUUAGAGUUUCCAAAUGUGGGUCUGCAGCAUUUGCAGAGUCAUCUCAUGACGUAGGAUUUGAGAUGACUUCGACACAUUCUGGGGGCUCUUGAAGACGUGUUUUACACUUCGGAGCCGUCGAGCCAUUCUGCUCGAUGCCCUCUCUCAAGUGAUGUAAGCAGAUCCUUAUUUCGGAAUUGUAUGAUAAUAAGCUAAGCAUUAGGCAACCCUUUGAUUGAUAGCCAUCCCAUGGGAUAAUUAUACUCGGAAGGUGGGUGCUGUAGUACUCUUCUAUUCCCCAUCCAACGAAAUUCAUCAAAGAAAAUUCUUAGUAAAUGCAUUCGACAUCUAUUUUAUGAAAGCAUCUAUCACUCGCGAUGUGAUUCUCCUGUGAGAGAGGCCUUUCAGGAACUCUGUCUCAAGUCUCAAUCAACAAGGGAGACAAAUGUACUCGCAGCAGUGGAGUGAAGAAAUCUUUUGAAUUUUCUUGUCAA